CACUGUUGCUUAGCUGGAAUGGGCAUAGAAGGUUGAGCCUGCUCCCUCUCCCAGUGUUUACUGUCAGGAGCAAGGCAGCCAGCGUGUUUGUGUCGAGUGUGGGUAAUGGACGAAUUGUUGCCUGAAGGCAGACACCACAGGAAGCCAGAGAUCUGAUACAACUUUUGAAGGUCCUCCAGGAUGUAUUUAGGCUAAUGGUAACACUUCUCUAGUUUUAAGCUAUCAAGAGACAAAAACAAAACAAAACAAAAUGGAUUUGAGAGCCAAGCAUGGUUUGACGCUGUUGGAACAGCUAAAUCGAAUGCGGGAUGCUGAGCAGUUAACAGAUGUGGUUCUAGUGGCUGAAGGUGUUAGCUUCCCAUGCCACCGUGCUGUGCUUUCUGCCUUCAGCCCCUACUUCCGCGUAAUGUUCACCUGUGGCCUGCGUGAGUGCACCAACCGUCAGGUGGUGUUAAGAGACAUGCCAGCCCCAAGCCUGGCCCUUCUGCUGGAAUACAUGUACAGCUCCAAUCUUCCACUCACCGCAGGCAAUGUGCAGGGAAUCUCUGUUGCCGCUUUUCUUCUACAGAUGGAUGAUGUUUUCAGUCGUUGUCAUAUCUACAUGAUCGACAACAUGGAUGCUUCCAAUUGCCUGGGCAUCUAUUAUUAUGCACGUGAUCUAGGGGCAGAAGAGUUGGCCGACCAGGCUCAGCGUUAUCUGCGACAGCACUUCACUGAAGUGUGCCUUGGGGAGGAAGUGCUGGAGUUGGAGGCACACCAGUUAGGGGCAUUAUUGGGCUCAGAUGAUCUUAAUGUUUCACGGGAAGAGAGCAUUUUGGAUGUGGUGAUGCGCUGGGUGAACUACCGCCCAGGGGGUAUAGGCUCAGAGGCAGAGAACCGGGCCAGGCAUCUUCCAGAGCUCUUAAAGAAGGUACGUCUUCCACUGGUGGGUGCAGAUUACUUGAAGGGGACUUUGAAACGGAACACAGCACUUUUAGCUGAUGCCGAAUGUCUUCAGAUAAUGGAGGACGCAGUUGAAGCAGCGAGGUUGGAUUCGGAUACUCCACCUCGUCGACUAAAGCUGCGCUAUGGCAUGGAGACCACAGACCUCCUGCUCUGCAUUGGUAAUGACGGCGGAGGCAUUCGCUCACGUUAUGGAAGCUACACAGAGCGUAGCUUCUGUUAUGUUCCCAAAACAGGACGGACUCUUUUCAUCACCUCCCCAAGAUAUGGUGAUGCACUUGGAUAUGUCUUUGCUGGGGUGGUGACUGAGAGGAAUGACAUUAUUGUUGCAGGAGAGCUGGGAGCAAGAAGGAUGUCAAGGCAGAAAGACAGAAAUGUUGAGAUUUUCAUAUACAACAAGGAAGCUCAAGGAUCCUGGAAACACUUGAGCUCAGCAGAGUAUCGUGAUUCUUACGCAUUGGGCUCUUUGGGAGAAAACCUCUAUUUGAUUGGGGGUCAAAUGAAACUAAAAAACCAGUACCUCAUCACCAACAGUGUUGAGCGUUGGUCUCUACAGGGUGGACCAUGGCGUAGUGCUGCCCCUCUGCCCAUGCCACUGGCCUAUCACACCGUAGUACGGAUGAAGGGCCGCCUGUAUGUGCUCGGGGGACGGACGCCACAGUCAUACCGCACAGAUGACGAGCCUGACCGUAUGAGCAAUCGCCUGCUUGAAUAUGAUCCAGAAACCAACAAGUGGAGUGAACUUGGCCCUAUGAAGUAUUCAAAAUACCGUUGCAGUGCAGUUGCACUCAAUGGGGAAAUCUAUGUACUGGGUGGUAUUGGGUGUGAAGGUGUGGAUCGUGGCCAAUCACGUCACUGCCUUAAUGUAUUGGAGAUCUAUAACCCUGAUGGGGAUUUCUGGAGGGAUGGUCCUCCUUUACCUUGGCCUCUCCUAUCACUUCGCAGCAAUGCAUCAAAUGCUGGUGUUGUUGAUGGAAAACUUUAUGUCUGUGGAUACUACAAAGGAGCAGAUCGUCAUGAUACCAUCACUAAAGACAUCCUGCAGUUGGAUCCCUGGGAAAAUGUAUGGACUGUGGUGGCAAAGCAGGCUCUGAUGCACGACAGUUAUGAUGUGUGCUUGGUGGCAAAUCUGAAUCCUCGUGGACUCAUGCCCCCUCCUGCUGACUUGGUAGAGGAAUGACAACACUAUCUAUCCAACAGUGAUUUCUCAUUUAAAAUAGAAAAAAAAAAAUUUUUCAUUCACAAGACAACUGAAAACUGUAGAUAUAGGAGAGAAAGGCUUUCAUAGUUAUGAAACAAUUUUAAUUUACAAUGCUGCAAGUGCAUUAGUGAUUGUAACUAUGAUGUUUUACAUUUUUGGAUGUCAGAUAUAUUACCAAUAGCUAAGGUAUAUGGUAUGAGUUAAGAUAUGUGUUGAAGGUUUUGAGAUACUCUCACAUAAUUUACAGCUCAGAUUAAAUAACACUCCAAGAAGCAGUGCUAAAAUAUGAUGUUACUUUAAUAGCAAAGUAAAUAUGUAUUGCAGAGUUGCACAAUAUAGUACAUGUACUGUAACUUUAAGCAGUCAAUGCAAUUUAUUAAACAUGUUAACAUUGUUAACUUAACAAUG